AUGCUCGUGGAGGCUCGUAAGCAAUGGAUAUUAGAGACUAAGAUACAUGAAACUGAAGCCAUUCGAGCUAGUGUAGAGGAAGCCAAAUUGGCUUUUAAAACCAGUGCUGAAGAAGAAUUGGCUUUAGCUCGACGAAAAUUCUCGGAGGAGUUUGAGAAGUGCCGUUUAGAUACGGAAAAUCGUGUCCGGCGUGAGCUUCUUUUAUCCCGCCCUCUCAUGAUAGAGAAAGCCAUAUCUACCGAUCAGGCCGCUAAGGUAUAUUUUUAUUAUAGAAGAUUACACUUUUGGUUGAAUUAUUGUUAUUUGUGA